AUUGGCUACAGAGAAGCCUACGCUAAUUGGACAUUUGUAUCAAGGUAGAGAAAGCAUGGAUAUGUCAGGAGUGGCUGGUGUGGUAAUGGGAGGAGUUGGACAAGUUGAUUCUCCCGGGCUUACUGACCCACCACAAAUACCGGAAACAUAUCUUUAUUAUCUUGCUUUUGUAUGCCUUAAUUCUAUUGCUGAUGGACUACAUAAUUUUGUCUCGUCAAUUUUUGCCGACGCUAUACAAAAACAGCAGCAUGAAUCGCAGCAAAUUUCCACUACACAGCAGCAAUCGAUAUUUGGAAAUACCACACUACAACAGCUCAAAUCACAUCCAGAAUAUGAAGAAGUUUUGCUCGUUGCAGACAUGGCAAAUACUGCAUGGCCUGGAUUACUUGCGGCACAAUCAUUUUUCCUUACAGCGAAUAUUGACGAAGAGCUGUUUCAAGGUGCCGUUCCUCCUAGUGUAAUCGCUGCAUAUGUGGCAGAAAGCAAAGCAGCUCAUAAUAGUGGGAGUGCAACUGGUUCCAGUUAUGAUGGUACGGUAAUGGUCACAUUAUCUGAUAGAAAUUUAUCUUGUCUCAAAAUAUUAUUGAAUAUUGCACAGUAUCUUGGUGGUGUCUUGGAUGAUUCUUGGUAUUUGGUGCUGGAAACGUUACAAUUAGCAGACUUUAUAAUAUUUCCUAAGCAUGCCAGAGGCGGAUCUAGAGGUAACCGUAAAGUUAAUACGCAACAUUCCGCGUCUGUUUCAACAUCAUCUUUGUCUUCUCCACAAACUGCCGGCAGUAGUUCAUCAUCACUCGCUCAAUCUGCGUCAACUGCUCCAGUAAAAAGACCUUAUUCAGCGAUUAUGAAUUUUUCCAUUCAAACUCCUGUACAGUCUUCUCAAACUGGGUCAUCUGCGGCUAAUUCAGUCCCUCAACAAACGGCUAUGGAAAAUGAUUUAAAUAUCUUGCUGAUACAAAUAAAAAAAUUAUUUGACAACUGCAAACUUCUUGAUGAUUCUGCUAUACAAUUUUUCACUAGAGCAUUAUGCAAGUUAAAUGCUUACACCUAUGGCAUUCCUUUAGCUAGUGAACUUUCCGAAAAUGGUCAUGGAGCAACGUUGGUUGAAGGUAAAACGCCAAAAUCUUCCCCAUUAAAACCUACACUUAUUUGGGAUCUAAUUGUUUCUAAUUUAAUAACAACUGCAAAUUAUAUCUCGACUCCGCAGCAAGUUCGUAUGCAAGCUUGUGAAGCCUUGUCAGAUAUUAUUAUUACAUCUAUGAGUUACACAAGUUCAGCGCAGAUAGGAAAUGAUGAACGUAUUCAAAUGCAAUUGCUUACUUCAUUGAGUCAUUUAGUGAAUGAUCCAGAAAGAGCAUCUAGGAGUUAUAGUAAAGGAUUUUAUGUAGAAGUUCAAAAAAUGGGAUUGGAAACCCUAAACAAAUUAUUACAAACAUCUGGACAUUCGUUUGCGUUCGGGUGGGGUAUGAUUUUUGAUAUGAUAAAAAGUGUAUGCGCAAUAAAUGUUUCCGGUGAAAUAGGAGAUGAUGAAGGUGAUACUGUAAGUGUGGAAAGUGUUGGUAUAAUUGAUGGAUCAUUUGGUGUAUCCAACUCUAAAUCUUCUGGAUUGGUUCGUGUAGCAUUUCCCUCUUUACAAUUAAUAUGCACGGAUUUCUUAUCAUUAUUAUCUCCUGAAUGGUUAAAACAAUGCAUUAAUACGCUGGGAGCAUAUGGCCUGCAAAUGGACGAUUUGAAUAUUAGUUUAUCAGCCAUUGGGCUUUUGUGGAAUGUCUCUGAUUUUAUACAAACUAAACGUGCGGAUCUUGAAAAUGCUUCUAAGAAGCACAACGAAGAUGACGAAGAUGUCAAUGCCAUAACAAAAAAUGCUGUUAUUGAGCAAGAGAUCGAACGAAUCAUCAAAGGUGAUUUGACAUCUCAUACUAUGAAUGCACUUUGGAUGUUAUUAUUGAUACAACUUUCGAGAAUCUGUUCUGAUUCUCGCCCAGAAGUCCGUAAUGGAGCCAAUCAAACUUUAUUCCGCACCAUUGACAUGAAUGCACAAAAGGAAUUGAAUAGUUUUAUGGUUCAUCACUCGAGGAAUACCGUUGACAAGCAAUGGGAUGAAACUAAGGUAUUGGUUCUGACUGGAAUGUCCGGAAUAUUUAAAAACUUUGUACCAAUAUUGGUAGAUUUAGAUGAUUUUAAACAAGUGUGGGGAUUGUUUCUUUCACAUUUGCAAGACUAUUGUUUACAUUCUAGUAAUGAAGUUGCGAUUGCUGCCGUUAAAUCUUAUCACACAAUUAUUCAAUUUCCUAAAGUUGAGUCUCAUACUGAUCAAUUAAAGAAGAGGAUUUUACCACACUGGCAAACAGCAUGGAUUGUUUGGGAAACAAUAGGUUUGGGCAUUAUAACGAUGUCAGACAGAAGAACUCAUAAUGUUGAUUUGGAUAAUGGAAGUUUAUCAUUGUCUGAAACGUUAGAAUCACCUAUCUCAUCGCAGUUUACCCAAGAUACUCUCACUGCCUAUGUUAGUGCUUUUGGAGAUCUUUAUAAUGUUAUUAAUCUUGAUUUUGGGAUCGACGAAAUUAAAAGAUUUUUGAAGGUCAUUUAUGGAGUAUUAACCUAUCCGAAUAGUCCGUCGUAUAGACCAGAUUAUGAUUAUCUCACUCCUUUACAAGAAGCUGUAUUGAAUGUUGUAGGACAAAUUGACUUAAAUGUAUCGGGCGCUCCCGCAAUAGUUUUAAGUGAUUUUGCAGAUUAUAUUACUUUGGCUUUCACAAAUCAAUAUCAGAUUGAAGAAGCACCUGAAAUUCCAAAGAAAAAGAAAGAACAGAUAUCCACAAAGGGUGCUAAAGUGUCAAAUAAAGAAAGCGUAUCAUCUAAAAAAUCCCCAACAGUUACCUAUAUUGUUUUUUCAAAGACUGCUAUGCGUACAGUAAAUGAUUUGUUUAAAAAGUUUGUGAAAGAUCAAGGCAUUUACGCGGAAGGUGUUUUUAAGAAAAUAAUUUGGGCAUACGGUAUACCUAUGAAAAUGAAAUAUGACUGUCCACCAUCUGGAAAGCACGUAAACGACAUCGAACUUUGGAAAAUCGCUGCUAACGCGUUUUUAGAUGUUGUAAAAGAAGGUUUGAUUGCAUUGGAAAGUUUUGGCGAAGAGGGAUCACAAUUAUAUUCCACUGAUAUUGAAAGACAAGAAGCAGCCAACGGACAUCUAAAUAAAAUUUCGACAAC